UCUUCAGUCUCAGUCGGUCUUCUCUUCUGCUGACCUGUCCUGUGCUGAAGCACGCGCUGGCCUGCUCCUGUGUUUACACAACGCACACAACUCAACAACAGCUUUUCCUUUGGAUUGGGAGCAAGGGCUCCACGUUAUGUCAUGCAUGAUGAGCAUGGAUGUGAAGAAACUGAAGGUGAACGAGCUGAAAGAGGAGCUGCAGAAGCGAGGGAUGGACACCCGAGGCCUUAAAGCGGAUCUGGUGGAGCGUCUGCUGGAGGCUCUGGAGGAGGAGAAGAAACACACCUGUGAUGAGGAGACAGAAGCAGGUGUUGAGGCUGGGUCUGAUCCAGGGCAGAUGGACGGUGAGAAACAGGGCUGUGAUGAUGAUCCUAAAAGCCCUGAAAACAAAACUGAGAGUUUGGAGGGACAACAGGCGACCGAUGAGACGAUCUGCAAGGAAGAAGUGGCACCAGUGAAGGUGAAAGAUGAAGAUGAGAUAAAGCCGGAGCAACAGGAGCAGCGGCGAUCGGACCCUGACGGUGAAGAGAGCCGGCAGACCGUUAAAACCAAGCCUGAACAGGACGGACAUGCACAUCACGGCCACAAGAGGCGCUAUGACGAGAGCCACGGUCACAGCUAUUAUGAACACCGUGAAGACAGGAGGUCCCGUUCUCCUCUUCCUCCCGCUGACGAGGACGAGGAAGACUUUGAUGGCACGCUAGUGGCUAUUGACACUUAUAACUGUGACUUGCACUUCAAAGUCUCUCGGGAUCGCUGCAGUGGAUAUCCGUUGACCAUCGAGGGGUUUGCUUACCUGUGGUCUGGAGCACGAGCCACGUAUGGUGUCAACAAGGGACGCGUGUGCUAUGAGAUGAAGAUCCUAGAGAAUGUAUCAGUAAAGCAUCUUCCCAGCAGUGAGCCGGAUCCGCACGUCGUGAGAGUCGGCUGGUCUCUGGAUUCCUGCAGCACACAACUGGGGGAGGAGCCGUUCUCUUAUGGGUAUGGCGGAACAGGGAAAAAGUCUUCAAGCUGCAAAUUUGAGGAUUACGGAGAGAAGUUUGGUGAAAGCGAUGUCAUUGGAUGUUAUAUUGACUUUGAUAGCCAUGAGCAGGUUAAAAUGGCUUUCUCAAAGAACGGGAAGUGGCUUGAUGUGGCAUUUCACAUAUCUAAAGAAGAGCUGGCUGGUCGCGCGCUCUAUCCUCAUAUCCUGGUGAAGAACUGCGCCGUCCAGUUUAACUUUGGCCAACAGGACGAACCUUUCUUUCCUUUGCCAGAAGAGUACGCACUCAUCGGGGCCGUCGACAUGGAGAACAGGGUCAGAGGCACUAUUGGUCCUACCAACAAAUCUGAUUGUGAGGUCCUGAUGAUGGUCGGUCUUCCUGCUUGUGGUAAAACCACAUGGGCGUCUAAGCAUGCAGAAAUGAACCCAGAGAAGAAGUUUAACAUCCUGGGCACAAACGCCAUCAUGGAGAAAAUGAAGGUGAUGGGAUUGCGUCGCCAGCGUAACUACGCCGGACGCUGGGAUAUCCUGAUUCAACAGGCCACUCAGUGUCUGAACCGACUGAUCCAGAUCGCCGCCCGCAAAAAACGAAACUACAUCCUGGAUCAGACGAAUGUAUAUGGAUCAGCCCAGAGACGAAAAAUGCGCCCUUUUGAAGGUUUUCAACGCAAGGCUGUUGUAAUUUGUCCCUCGGACGAAGAUUUAAAAGAGCGAAGGUUAAAGCAAACCGAGGAAGGGAAGGAUGUGCCCGAUCAUGCUGUUUUAGAAAUGAAAGCCAACUUUGCGCUCCCAGAGGUUGGAGACUUCCUGGAUGAAGUGAUCUUUGUUGAGCUCCAGAAAGCCGAGGCAGAGGAGCUGGUGAAACGGUACAAUGAGGAGGGUCGUAAGGCCGGGCCUCCUCCUGAGAAACGCAUGGACAGCUGGGGAUCCCGGAGACGUGAAAGCGGCCACCAGCAGUACGACCACCACGGGGGAUCGAGAGGAGACCAUCGGAGCAGAGGACCUCCCGCAGGAGGCUAUAGGGGAGGUUAUAACCGCGAUGGUUACAGUCAGAACCGCUGGGGAGGAAAUUACAGAGACGGGCGAGAUGGAUACAGCAGCAGACAUCAGUCUGAAGGAACCUACAGUAAUAACCGCUACGGCUCCUAUAGCAAAGAGGGAAAUAGCCAAGGUUAUCAUCAGGGUUAUAAUCAAGGCUACAACCAGGGCAACUAUAGCCAAGGAAACUACAACCAAGGCUACAACUAUGGCAACUACAGCCAAUAUCCAGGUUAUGGACAAGGUUACCAUGACAGUCAAGGAUCUGGGCAAUCAUAUAACCAGCAAAACUACAAUCAACAGUAUCAACAGUAUGCGCAGCAGUGGCAGCAGUAUUAUCAGAAUCAGAGCCAGUGGAACCAGUACUACAGUCAAUAUGGGAGUGGGAACUACUCUGGACAACAGGGUUCACAGUGAACAGGAACAACGCGCUGACAUCAUCACCUCUGUAAUCACACACCCACACGUAUACACACCAUGCCACGCUUCUCUUAUUAAAACACGUCCGUCCACAUCAUUUAAUUUUCUCUUUCAUACCAUUGACGCAUUUAUUACCAAGACUAAUAUCGUUCGGAACUAAAUGACAAACUAAACGAAAAUGUACUGAUAUGAUCAUGCAAGAUACAAUCAAACCCCUGAGUUUGAAAUGAAGGACCAUAAUAUGACUGAUUUCUAAUAAAUGUGAAAGAUAUUAUUAUUGGUCGGUGCUUCAUGUUGUAGUACCACAACCAGCCUGCAGGUGUAGAAACUGUGAACAAAGUUUUGAUUUGCCUAAAUUUGAUUUAAUUUGGAAUGUAGCUGCUUUUCUCUUCAUUUAACACGAGACGUGAGUGUGUUUUUGGUUUAAAUUGUAGUUGUCCAAUGUUUUAGAAACUCAUUGGCAUCGCAGAUGGGAAGAUGAAGGGUUUUGAUUGUGUUGAACUUCUCUUCUUGAUAAUAGAAAAGCCAAUUUUAAGCGUUCAUAGCUGACAAACUACCGCAUUUAUUUCUGUGUUCUUCGUGGACGUCAUUUGUUCUGUCCUGUCCAAUCCAUUUUUUGCUUUGAGAAUUAAAUUGUAAAACACUA